AUGCCACGUCGUAACAGUAAUUUCCCAUCGGUUCCAUUAAUCGCCACCAUUGACAUUGGUACAACGUCAGCCAGGGCAAUUUUAUUUUCGCAAGAAGGGCAAGAAAUCGCCAAACAUCAAAUUGAAUACUCCACAACCGCAUCAGAAGCACCAGAAAACUCGCAAAACACCGAACAGUUUAGAAGAAGAUCGUCUUUGCUAAGACACGAUGAACCUAUUUUCUCAGCUGAAGGUAUUGCCAUUUCCAUAACGGACAAUGUUGAAAUUGAAAAUAACAAGUCGUCAGUAGGGCCAACUUUGAGAUUCCCGCAGCCUGGAUGGGUGGAAUGUAUGCCGGUGCACAUAUUGGCCAAUGCUGUUCAGUGUUUAAUUGCAUGUUUGAUCACCUUGAGGAAAAUCAACCAAAACCCCAAUUUGAAAGUCAAGUACAAGGUUAAAUGUAUUGGUAUUGCCAAUAUGAGAGAGACUACAAUUGUGUGGUCGAGAAAGACUGGUAAACCGUUGAGUGGGGGUAUCACUUGGACUGACACUAGAACCGCUGAAAUUGUUCAGCAUUUGGAAAAGAUGAUUGAUGAAGAUAGAAAAGCCGAAUUGAAGGAGAAAACUGGAUUGCCAUUAUCCACGUAUUUCUCAGCGGCAAAAUUGAGAUGGUUGUUGGAUAAUGACGAUGUGAUCAGAGAAGAGUAUGAAAAGGGCGAUGGAAAUUUAAUGUUUGGUACUGUUGACACAUGGUUGAUUUACAACUUGACCAAGGAAAAAUCAUUUGUUACUGAUAUCACCAAUGCAUCAAGAACCUAUUUCAUGGAUUUGGAAACUCACGAUUAUGAUGAUGAUUUAUUGGAUUUCUGGGGUAUAGAUCCAACAAGAAUCCAAUUACCCAAGAUUGUAUCCUCGUCGGAGCAUUAUGGUGCGUUUGCUCCUCCCAAUUUAUCCAAUUUAGGAUUCCAUAAUAAAAUCACCCAGGAAGCUUAUGAUAUUUUGAAAACAAUCACUGGUGUUCCAAUCUGUGGUUGUUUGGGUGACCAGAGUGCGUCAUUGGUGGGACAAUUGGCAUUGAAGCCCGGCUCGGCCAAAUGUACUUAUGGUACUGGUUGUUUCUUGUUGUACAAUACAGGUACUCGUAAAUUGAUUAGUUCUCAUGGUGCAUUGACAACCUUUGGGUUCUGGUUCCCGUCACUUGAUGGUGCUGAUGGAAAACCACAUUAUGCUUUGGAAGGUUCGGUUGCCGUUGCUGGUUCCAUUAUUCAGUGGUUGAGAGAUAACUUGAAGAUGAUUAGUAAUGCCAAGGAUAUUGGACCAUUGGCGUCACAGGUGGCAAAUUCCGGAGGUGUCGUUUUCAUUCCCGCAUUCAGUGGGUUGUAUGCGCCAUAUUGGGACAGAGGUGCCAGAGGUACGAUUUUUGGUAUGACGCAGUAUACAUCCUCGUCGCAUAUUGCAAGAGCAGCGUUGGAAGGUGUCUGUUAUCAAGUGCGUGCAAUUUUGAAAGCCAUGGGAAGUGAUGCUGGUUCGUCGGAGGAUUUCAUGGAGGAAGCACGCACAUCACAAGAAGAUUCUCAACCUUUAUCGCAAUUGGCUACUGAUGGAGGUAUGUCGAAAGCAGAUGAGGUGUUGCAAAUCCAAGCUGAUAUUUUGGGACCUUGUGUCACUGUUAAACGUGCACAAACCGCUGAAUGCACUGCUUUAGGUGCUGCGAUUGCCGCUGGUGUCUCGUUCAAGAAUGAGGAGGAUCGUAUAUGGAAGGACUUUGAUGAUGUUGUGGCUAAGAUCACUGGUAACUAUGAUGAGGCUAGCAACACUUUUAAAGCGGAGUUGCCUGAUGCUGAUAGAAGAAAGAAUUGGAGACGUUGGGAAAAGGCAAUCGAAAGAGCCCAAGGAUGGUUGGAUGAGGAUGACUGA